AUGGCACAAUUCAAACGUGGAACUAUCCAAAUGGAGGCCGAGCUGGCAAGUGUGUCUAUACGAUCAGAGCCGAUGCAAGUCAUGCGAUCAGACUCAAGUAGGGAAUCGAUCGAUGUCUUGGGUCUCCAAAUCGAUACCCUCGAGAAAGACAUAGGAAUGGGAAGGAUUUACCGUAUGACAUUUCAGUUUUCUGGCGGCAAAGAGGAGGACAAGCAAAUCAAUCAACGCUACAUAUGUGCCCGAUACCCAUUCGUGGAGGAAGGCGAAUUCGUUAUGAGUGCUUCGCGACCGCUUGUUAUUACUCAUGUAAGCAGCGGUGAUCCGAAGAAUCGCGGUAUUCUAAUGGAGUACUCGACGAUCAAUGUUGGUGAGUCACUUCAAGUUGCAUAUUCUCGUUUUUCUCGCUGUAAUGGAUAUCAAAAUACUUCAGGUUGCGGAGGUGUUUUCUCGCAGUCAAGCGGUACUAUCAGCUCUCCGAACUAUCCAGACAAAUACCUGCCACAUAUGCAUUGUGUUUAUCAAAUCCAAGUACCUUGGUCGAAGCAAGUGCGUCUCACAUUUGACAAUUUCGAUAUCGAGGUGGUACAAAACGAUGAGUGUUCGUACGAUAACGUCGCUGUCUAUGAGUCUUACGUCAGUCCGUCCGAACAUGGCAAAUUACUGGGGAAAUUCUGCGGGACCAUGCUUCCUCCAACACUACUGUCGAGCUCUUAUAAAAUGGCCAUAGUAUUCAGUUCUGAUCGUUCAAUAGCUGGCAACGGUUUUUCUGCGAGAUUCGAAGGGGUCGAUUCGACAGUUGAUUGUGAUCGUACAUUCACGGCGCCAAGCGGAGAGAUCGUGUUUGACGGGAAAGGCGGACGCUAUUCCCAGUGCGAUUUCCACAUUUCUGUAAUUUCGACAGCUCGAAUAGUCUUGAAGAUGAAUAACAUGAGCAUGCCAUGCAUGAAGUCUCUUCUGUAUAUCAGGAACGGAGCUAGUGACCAGUCACCGGGAUUCGCCACGCUGAACGCUGAUUCGUCUAUUUGUGACGACUACCCGAUGCCUAUUCUUCGUUCACAUGGCAGUCGAGUUCUACUGAGACUACAAACCACAGACUCAUCCAAAACCUACUUCAACAUCAGCUACGAGCAAAUAAUUUCAUCUUGUGGUGGUCAUGUCGAAGGUAUUUCUGGAUCCAUAGCGGCACCCCAGUACCCGAUGAAAGACUCCCGUGGUUUGGAUUGCUCAUGGACUGUAGCCGUGGCGCUAGGCAAUCGUGUUCGCUUCUCACUCAUUAACAUCGACGAUCUGAAGUCAAGUGACGACAGUGGAUUCUGUGGAAUGUUCGCCGCAAAUCGGCUCGAUGUACUCGACGGUCCUCACAGCGAUGCCCGCCUUAUGCGCCGAUACUGUCGUAAAGUGGUCGGAGCCGAACCGUUGACAUCUGAUGACCACGAAAUCUCCAUUCGAUACAAACAACAUGGUGGUCCAAUGCUUGGGCCACUUUAUGGAUUCAUGGCUCACUUUUCUACCGGUAGCACCUCACUUUAUUGA